AUGGUAAGAGCGACCCAACCACCUUCUUUGUCCUACACUCACCACGAACAGUUCAACCCCAACUUUUACGACCAAGACGAUCCCAUGGCCAUGUACCAGUCCCUCGCCGCACGUCGCGGCGGCGCUCCUCGACGCUUCGAUGAGUACUUUCGAUGCUAUCCCAUCGUCAUGUUGCCUGGCCCGGAGCGCCACGAGGCAAACCACGGCGGCAAAGUGUUCCUCCCUCCGAGUGCUCUCGACAAGCUCACCAGGCUGCACAUCACAUACCCUAUGCUCUUCGAGCUCAUAAACGGCAAGGCGGACGGGAAGAAGACACACGCAGGUGUGCUGGAAUUCAUCGCAGAAGAAGGCAAGAUCUACCUGCCAUACUGGCUUAUGGAGACACUCCAGCUGGAGCCCGGUGACUUGCUACAAGUCAAGUCGACCGACAUCCCUCUCGGCACCUUUAUCAAGCUGCAACCACAAGACUCCUCCUUCCUCGACAUCUCCGAUCCCAAGGCCGUACUCGAAAACGCCUUCCGCAACUUCUCUUGCCUUACAGUCGGCGACAUAUUCACAUUUUCAUACAACGACAACGUGUAUAGCAUAGCAGUGUUGGAGGCCAAGCCAGAACACCCAAACAAGGCCGUCUGUACCAUCGAGACUGAUCUGUCAGUCGACUUCGCUCCCCCAGUAGGCUACCAAGAGCCCCAAAGGAACAGUGGCACAAGCACACCGCGCAGUGGAAAGGGCGUCAUGAGCGGCAAAGGCGGCACACUACACGCUCAAGGCACCAUGGCGGACGCGAUCAACUACGCGGCUAUCGCACCAUCAUCGACGACCGCAGCCAACGGAGCCAAGGCCACUUCCUCAAAUUUCCUCACCACCGGCCACAAGCUGCUCAAGAAGGGCAGCAAGGCGCCCACCCCGCAAGCGUCCACCCCCAUCGCGGGACAGUCCUCAAAUCCGCCCACGGCAGUACGACGCACCAACGGCCCGCAGCCGCUCAGACUACCACCCAACAAACUGUUCUUCGGGUACGAGAUCAAGCCACUCAAGGGCAAGGAGGAGGAAGGCGAGCAGAAAGAUUCGAAGCAUUUUGAAGGAUCAGGGCAGUCUCUGCGCAAGAAGAAGGGCGACAAAUGA